UCUUUUCCGGUUGGGCCCGGUCCACAGAGCCCAAAAUGGCGAGUCGGGGUACGGGGUCAGGGAGCUAGAGGGAUCAAGUGGGGGACCGGUCCUCCCAGGGCCCCGCGCUCCGGAGCUCGGAGCUCCACUCUCCAGGCCCGGAGAGGAGCGGGAAGCGGGCGCCUCCUCCCCUAGGGCGGCGGGGAGGCCUGUCGACCUUGCAGCCGAGCCGAGGAAGAGGGAAGUGGCGUCCGCGGAAGCCAGAGCUGGGCGGAGGUAAUGGAGAAGCCGCGUCGCCCCUGGGAUUCGGUUCGGCGCGCUCCCGGCGCUGCGGGGCGGCACGUGCCAGUGGCAGUCCCCUCCCCCCCGCCCCCCGGCGACGAGCAGGGGCGGGGCCGGCAGCCUCCCGCGGCGCGCGCCGCUUGGUCCCAGCCCCGCGGCGGCUCGGCCCGGCCGGUCCUCGGGCUCCGGCCGCCGCGUCCCGCCUCCGCCAGCAACCUCUUGGUCCCCCAGUGCCCUUGAGAAGAUCAGCUCAUUGGUUUUAUACCAAACCUGACAAGGCCUCAGUUGUCCAAGGCCCCAGGAGGAUGUCACACAUAGGAGUAAAACUGUUCCUAGAGCAGAUGAUGAUGAGCCAUCUAGAGGUGAAGGCAUGCUUGUACCCCCACAUGGAGGCUUUAUGGGAGACUAAGGAGUCCGUGAAAGAGGGCUCCGGUGAGAGGAAGAAAUCCAGCCCACGAAUGGACAGUCUUGGUCCUGAGAGCGCUCACCAGCACUUCCGGAGCUUCUAUUACCAUGAAGCCCCUGGGCCGCACGAAGCUGUCAGCCAGCUUCAGGAAUUAUGCCACCAGUGGCUGAGGCCAGAGAUCCACUCGAAGGAGCAGAUCUUGGAACUGCUGGUGUUAGAGCAGUUCCUGACCAUUCUGCCCAGGAGCACCCAGAGCUGGGUGCAGAAGCAUCAUCCACAGAGCAUCAAGGAGGCUGUGGCCCUGGUCGAGCGCUUUCAGAGGGAAACUGGUGGAAGAAGUGAUGAGGUCACAGCCCAUGAUCGGGGAAAGGAGGCAGUGCCCUUGGGAGGAACAGCAGUGGCCCCAGGCUUUAAGUGGAAGCCCGCAGAGCCCCCACCCAUGGGUGUGUUCCAGAAAGAAUGUUGGAGUACAUACCAGGUACUACAGGAACAGCUGGGCUGGAAUACUCACAAAGAAACCCAGCCUGUAUAUGAAAGAGCGCUGCCUGCCCAACAGAUUCUAGCCUUUUCUGAGCAGAAAAGCCCCCCAAACUGGAAGAUGGCGUCUGAGCUCAUCUUGCCUGAGUUCCAGAGCUUGUUGACAUUUGAAGAUGUGGCCGUGUCUUUUUCUGAGGAAGAGUGGAAAUUACUGGACCCUGCUCAGAAGAUCCUUUACAAUGAUGUCAUGCAGGAAAACUACGAGACCGUCAUCUCUCUAGGGUUAAAGCUCAAAAAUGACACUGGAAAUGACCAACCUAUAUCUGUUUCUGCAUUAGAAAUACAAGCGUCAGGACACAAAGUGUUAAGAAAGGCCAGAAUGAAAGUUGCCCAGAAAACAACAGGCAAAGAAAAUCACGGUGCUACACGUAGGCUGCGGAAACGGCAUCGAGCUUUCCUAGGGAGGAAAAGAAAGAAACUUUCAACUUGUAAACAAGAGCUUCCAAAACAAAUGGAUCUUCACGGGAAAGGCCAUGCAGGAGAGAAACCUUUUAAGUGUCAGGAAUGUGAGAAAAGCUUCAGGGUUAGCUCUGACCUUAUUAAGCACCAGAGAAUUCACACUGAAGAGAAACCCUACAAAUGUCAACAGUGUGAUAAGAGGUUUAGAUGGAGUUCAGAUCUUAAUAAGCACUUAAUGGCACACCAAGGAAUAAAACCCUACAGAUGCUCAUGGUGUGGCAAAAGCUUCAGUCACAAUACAAAUCUACACACACACCUAAGAAUUCACACAGGGGAGAAGCCCUUUAAAUGUUAUGAAUGUGGGAAGAGAUUCAUUCAGAACUCUCACCUUAUUAAACACCAGAGAACCCACACGGGUGAGCAGCCGUAUACCUGCAGCGUAUGCAGGAGAAGCUUCAGCAGGCGGUCAAGCCUCCUCAGACACCAGAAGCUCCACAGGAGAAGGGAAUCGUGUCCAGGGUCUCCAGUCUGAAGAAAAUCACCGUACGGCUCUUGACCCCAGAGGCGAUGAAAGAGUGUAAAACUGAGGCACCCACGAUAAAGAAUUUGUCACCAACGGGACAUUUUGGAGGGGUACACGCCAUACGUCACAGAAAGGAGUCUAAGCUGUCUCUCUCGUUCAGCAGCGUAUCUUCAGCGCCUGGCACGAGACUGAUACACAAUGAGUACUUGCUAAAUAAACGAGUGGAAACAUAGCUAUCAAAUACCUGUAGUUACCUA